AUCAGCGGGUUUACCAACCGCCGUUAGACAACAAAGAAGAGUUUGACCCUCUGAUAUGUGCUUCCUGUCAGGUUAUGAUAUGUUUGUUAGAAGUCACGUUUUUGUGAAACAGGACUGAGUUUAAAUUGGGUUUAAAUCUUCGCUGACAUGCUUUCAACGCUUUCUACGAUACGGAGUGCGAUUUUAGGGUAAGUCACAUAAACGGUUUUAAUCAUACUUGUGGAACAGUUGUCUUCGAUGAUCUGAAAUGGAUAGAGGGGAAUGAUCAUGUUUAGAGUAUAGUUCAUUUUUUCAUGAAAGUAGGGUUAUAUGUGGUACUUAGAGGAAAAAGGGGAGAAACUAGGACUGCAGGAAGGCUGGUUUUGCACCUUGACACUCUGGCUGUUGAGCCAAGCUGUUGUGAUUUACAGUGACCUUUCUACAACAUCAUGAACUAACCCAGUACAACAACUCAACCAGAAAAUGUACUUUUUACCAAACCACUCACUGACCUCUGUAUUUAUUUACAAAAUGGAAUAUUGUUGUUGUAAAUUCCUACUGUAUGGUAUGUGAACUACAGGGUAUGGUGGCCUAGAACCGCCACUGCUGCAAAUAAAAUUAAAAAAAAGAAGUUACCCAUGCAAAAAAAAAAAAAAAAAAAACUGAUGCCCACUACAAACAAAAAAGAAAUGUUGCAAAUUAAAAAAAAAAAAAAAAAGCCACAACAGAAGUUAACGAUACAACAAAGUGGCAAUGCAAAUAUAAACUUUUUUUUUUCUUUUUUUGCGUCGUUAACUUCCGUUGUGACCUUUUUUUUUUCUUUUUUUUUUUUGCAUUCUAUUUUUAUUUGCAGCAGUGGGGGUUCUAGGCCACUGUAAUAGGGUACCCAGCAGUACAGUAAUAAGUGAUUUUCUAAAACCCAAGAUCAGAUGGAGCUUUAUUAUUUGCAGCAUAGAUGUAUUGAUACAUUAAUGCAUCAAACAAUUCAACUUAUUAAUUUGGAAAGUACCAUUUAAUGAGUCAAUGUGCACAAUGCCUCCUUUUUGUAUUCAAGUCCACAUUCUUUUUCUCUUGACAUUUCACUCAGUAUCUGAACUUACAUGCAGAAAUUUUGCUAAAUCGCAACUUGAUGGUAAAAGUUUUACACUUUCAUGUUAAACACAUAUAUAAUCAGCCCUCCUUCACAUAACCCCAGAAAGCACCUCUGAGGGAUACAUUAACCCACACAUGGACACAGCACUGGUAUUUACUGUAUAUUUUGUAUGUGUUGUCAUGUUCUUCUCAUUCUUACCAGGACAAGUUGUUCAUCAGUGUUAACACUUCGUGCACUCACUUCAGCGCCCGACCCAGCAUCUCUAUUCUGCAACCAAAUCCCUCAGCUUAACUCCAACAGGGCAUCUGUGGUGCGCAGUAGUCGGCAAAAAAAUGAAAGGAUGUAUCAGGUGAUGCUGGUCCAGCCCAAUGGAUCCACCGUCAACAUCAGAUACAAAGAACCCAGACGCAUCCUCAUGGUUUGUACACUACCUGUUUCAUUACUUCAUUACUUGUUACGUUUAGUGCUGUAAUGACAACUGAUUUGUUCCGAAUGAAUUCCAGUUACAAGAUUUCAGUUCAUUUACAUGGUUCACUACAUUAUGUCAUGAAAAGAUAGUGUAAAGUAAGCUUUUAUUUUGGUGGUGGACAUUAACAAUCCCCUCACCAUGUCUGCAUAUGUCAUGUUUGUAGACUACGGAGGAGAAUUAUUAUCUGCACUUUGCCAAAAUUACCUUUGCAUUAUGUUUGAUUGCCUACAUCCAGAGAGAACAACCACAUGAUGCACAGCUACUAGAAACACCUACUGACUGAAGGACACACGUGAACACAACGAGUACUACAACAAACCCCAUCAACUGUUUCAUAGAGCAAAGCAAUAAAAACAGACAGGUGAUUUAGUACAUCCAGCUGUUUGCUCUGUUCUUAGUUUCUGGGAGCACGUCUUACUUUCAUAUUAAGAUUUUAGAUAAAUUAUGGGAUUAUGCUUAGUAAAACGCAAAGGGGAAUAAUCAGACCCCAGUGUAUCCAAGGAUCAUCAAAUUGACCAUAUUUACAACAUUUCACUAGUUCAAGUUUGAUGAGUCCAAAAGAUACCAGCACACCAGUCAAUUUGCCGCAUAUAGAAAUGUCAUAAUUCAGAAAUUUCUUUUUUGGUCCUUUAACUGGUGUUUUUUUUUUUUUUGUGCUUUACUAGAUGCCGGUCAACCCGUUAGCUCUGUCCGAAGAAGAGCGCCGAGCUCGCCAGAAAAAGAGACAAGUGAAGAAAACAGUACAACAGAAAGCCAUCACAUAUGAAGAUGACUUCAAAGCUGACAAAUACACCCAGUUUUGGAAGAAGAAAUAAUGUUCUUAUUUGGAUAUAAACUAUUUAAGUUCCAUCAAACCAAUAUCUCUGUGACCUUUUCUUUGUCUUUUUAAACUAAAUCGUAACAAAAUAUUUAUUUUUCCAAAGCUUUAAAUAGCAGGCAAUAAAAUCCAGAAGGAAGAACUAUAGGAGGAAGACUUAGAAUUUCUCUUGUUUUUCUCUUUUUAUUCCUUAAAUGUUCUCUAGAAUAAACUGACAUGUUCCUACCAGACCAAGAAACUGCAGCCAAGUUACUAGCCUGGUUUCUUUCCUUUUCUUUUGUUUUUUUUUUAUUUUAUUUUAUUUUGUUUUCUUUUUUAUCUAUUUCUUUUUUUAUUUUAUUUUAUUAUUAUUUUUUUUUUUUUGGGGGGGGGUUGAUAAAUGAAGUCACACUACAGAGUAUUGGAUACUGGAUACAUGUAUAUUCUAAUGUCUAAUCUAUUCUAGAGGUUAGGAGUCGGAAGUAAAAAGCAAUUACACACAACAUCAUAGUAAUUCAAAAUCAUAGUUUUAAAUUAACCCAAAGACACUGAAGUGUAAAGUUUUAAUGUUUAUUAUAAAGUAUUCCAUGUGAAUGCAGCAGAAAAAACUAAUGGUGAUUUUUCCAAACAUAGAGUUUGUCCAUCGGAUGUCGAGCAACAGCAAGUCACUUGAAUGUGUUGAGUAGUGAUUAUGAGACUGAUUUAACAGAAAUGUUACAUAUGAAGACAGUUUACCAGUUAAGGCUUUACAGACAAAAAGAACCAAUGCUUGUUGCACCUUAAAAGGUGCCGAGCCCGUCUUUUCAUAUAAAACACAAUAACGUGUGGAGUAACUGUCAUCUGUGAUGAAUCUGACUGCUGAGUGAUAAAUGGAAUUUAAGGGAGCAAAAGAAGAGAAAAAAAAUAACAGAAAUUCAUACAAUGAAACAAAUGAAAACGGAGAGUCAACUGGUAUGAAUGGGCUUACAAGAAAUUUAGUUGUAUUUAGUGUAUUAUUUUAAUAUUUAAAGACUAAAAUAAACUAAAAAAAUGAAA